UGCAUCUGGAUGUGACAUUGUAAUACUGGGAAGUGAUUUUGAAAGAUUACAAAUAAUCCCAGGAGCUAAACAUGGAAACAUUCAAGUGGGAUGUGUAGACUGUUCAAUGCAGCAAGGCAAGAUUGCAGCAUCCUAUGGAAACAUUAUCUCUGUUUUUGAGCCAGUUAAUCUACCGAAACAAAAGAAAAAUUUGGAAUUGGAUAGUCAGUGGCAGAAAACGGGUCAGUUUUUUCUGAACUCAAUAGCACAUAAUAUAACUUGGGAUCCUGCAGGUAGUCGUCUUUUAACUGGUUCUAGCUGUUUGCAACUCUGGUCUAAUAGUAACUUAAAGAAGCCAAAUGAAGAUGAAAAUCCAGAUAAAACAGAUCUUAGCUUUGGGGAUUGGAAAUGCAUUUGGCAUUGCAAAACUGCUUCCCAAGUUCAUUUGAUGAAAUUUUCACCAGAUGGAGAAUUUUUUGCCACUGCUGGAAAGGAUGACUGUCUUUUAAAAGUAUGGUAUAAUGUAGAAAACUGGCGGACAGCCGUUGCCUCUCCUGAUGCAAGUUCAGACAAACAGUCCCAAGGAGAAAUUGACUUUUCUUUUGUAUAUUUGGCCCACCCUCGAGCUGUAAAUGGAUUUUCCUGGCGUAAAACAAGCAAAUACAUGCCUAGGGCUUCUGUAUGUAAUGUACUAUUGACUUGUUGCAAAGAUAAUGUAUGUCGUCUUUGGGUAGAGACAUUUUUACCAAAUGACUUUCUGCUAUAUGGAGGUGACUGCAACCAUUGGCCUGAACAAAUUAGUUUAACAGAUAACUUAAAGAGAAAUGCUUCUAGUAAAGAACGUGUUCAAAAUGCUCUAGAGGUAAACCUCAGACAUUUUCGUAGCGGUCGGAGGAGAUCACUGGCACUUGUUGCACAUACGGGCUACCUUCCUCAUCAGCAGGACCCUCAUCACGUUCACAGGAACACUCCACUGCAUGCCAAUGCACUCUGCCACUUUCACAUUGCAGCCAGCAUUAACCCAGCCACAGAUAUUCCACUUCUUCCGUCUAUUACAUCUCUGAGUUUAAGUGAAAAUGAAGAAAAGAAUGGGCCUUUUGUGGUACAUUGGUUAAACAAUAAAGAGCUGCAUUUUACUUUGUCCAUGGAAGUCUUUAUACAACAACUUAUAAAAAGUUUUGAACAACCAUCUUCUGAAGCCAGUGUAGAAGACUCUAAUCAGGCAGAUGUAAAAUCUGAUGAAGAAAUGGAUGAUGGUGUUGAUGAUCUGAAAGUAAAUCAUGAAAAGAAGGACUUAGGUGGAGAUAAAAUAGUACCAAACUCAAGUUUUGCACCAUUACCAUCAGCCGCCAUUGAUCACCAAAUUGAAGUGCUUCUGUCUGAAUGGAGUAAAAAUGCAGAUAUGCUUUUCAGUAUUCAUCCCAUGGAUGGGUCUUUACUAGUGUGGCAUGUAGACUGGCUGGAUGAGUACCAGCCUGGUAUGUUUCGUCAAGUGCAGGUGUCCUUUGUUUCCAGAAUUCCUGUAGCCUUCCCUACAGGUGAUGCAAACUCCCUCUGUAAAAGCAUUGUGAUGUAUGCCUGUACCAAGAACGUUGACUUGGCUCUCCAGCAAGGGAAACAAAAACCUUCUGGCCUCACUCGUUCUACAUCAAUGCUUAUCUCCUCUGGUCACAGUAAAUCAUCUAAUAGUUUAAAAUUAAGUAUUUUUACUCCUAAUGUUAUGAUGAUUUCAAAGCAUGCUGAUGGUUCUCUGAAUCAGUGGCUGGUCAGUUUUGCUGAGGAAUCUGCUUUUUCUACAGUUCUUAGUAUUUCUCACAAAUCUAGGUAUUGUGGUCAUCGUUUUCAUCUUAACGAUUUAGCUUGCCACUCAGUAUUACCAUUAUUACUGACAACAUCACACCAUAACGCAUUAAGGACACCAGAUGUUGACAACCAAAAGAAGCCUCAUGAUACCAUAAAUAUUGAAGAAUGUUCUCUGACACAACAAAAUAAAAGCACCAUUGAUGUGGCAUUUCAAGAUCCCAAUGCCGUUUAUAGUGAGCUUAUUCUUUGGAGAGUUGACCCAGUUGGGCCCUUGUCUUUUUCCGGAGGAGUGUCUGAGCUUGCCCGGAUUAAUUCUCUUCACGUUUCUGCAUUUUCCAAUGUGGCAUGGCUCCCUACUCUUAUACCCAGUUACUGUCUAGGUGCAUACUGCAACUCUCCUAGUGCGUGCUUUGUAGCUAGUGAUGGACAAUAUCUGAGGUUAUAUGAAGCAGUUAUUGAUGCCAAGAAACUUUUAUAUGAGCUUUCAAAUCCUGAAAUUUCUAAAUAUGUUGGUGAAGUGUUUAACAUCGUCAGUCAACAGUCAACAGCAAGACCAGGAUGUAUUAUCGCAUUAGAUUCCAUUACUAAACUUCAUGGCAGAAAAACUCAGCUGCUUCAUGUUUUUCAAGAAGACUUCAUUUUGAAUAACCUUGAAAAGAAGAGUCUGAGGAAAGACCAUAUUUUAUCCAAUGCAGGUAGCUCACUUAAUGGAUUUUCAGAAAAGUUCUACUUAGUUGUAAUAGAGUGCACUCAGGACAAUCGUUCACUGUUACACAUGUGGAAUUUACAUUUAAAAUCAAUUCCUGUAUCACUGGAUGAAAAAAUGGAUCCCAAAAUAUCUGAAGCAGCUGGACAACCAGAAGAACAUUAUUCUUCUUCUCCAGAGAAGAUUCUGUCUCCUUUUUCACAGAAGUAUCAGGCUUGCAGAGCCAAUCUUCAGAGUACCAGCAAAUUGUGUCUGUUUUCAGAAAUGGUAUAUAGCCAAGAGCUGCAUUUGCCAGAAGGAGUUGAGAUAAUAAGUGUUAAGCCAUCAGCAGGACAUCUGAGUUCUUCUUCCAUAUAUCCUGUGUGCAGUGCUCCUUAUUUAUUGGCAACUUCAUGCUCUGAUGAAAAAGUAAGAUUUUGGAGAUGCAGAGUAACAGGUGGAGAAUCUACCACAUCACAGAGUGCAAAAAUGGAUCUUGCAUACAUUUGGGAAGAAUGGCCAUUGCUUAUUGAAGAUGGACUCCAGAGCAAUAGUAGUAUAACCAUACCUGGUAGGCCAGUAGAAGUUAGUUGUGCACAUACAAAUCGUUUAGCUGUAGCUUAUAAGCAGACUGCAUUUAGUAGUAGAUCUUCUCAGGACUUUGUGAUGCAUGUAAGUAUUUUUGAAUGUGAGUCUACAGGAGGUUCAUGUUGGGUUCUUGAGCAAACAAUUCAUUUAGAUGAGUUAAGCACAGUUUUGGAUUCUGGCAUUAGUAUUGAUAGCAAUUUAGUGGCCUAUAAUAAACAAGAGGCAUAUCUGUUUAACAAAGAAAGUAUUACAUCCAACACAAAACAUUUAGUUCACUUAGACUGGAUGUCUAGAGAAGAUGGGUCUCAUAUUCUGACAGUAGGAAUUGGGUCAAAACUUUUUAUGUAUGGACCACUGUCUGGCAAGGUACAAGAAGACACUACUAAGGAAAGCCUGGCAUUUCCUCUCUGGGACAGUACUAAAGUUGUGCCUCAUUCUAAGUUUGUGUUAUUACGAAGUGUGGACUUGGUUUCUUCUGUCGAAGGCUCUCCACCUUUUCCUGUUUCUUUAUCAUGGGUCCGGGAUGGCAUCCUUGUGGUAGGAAUGGAUUGUGAAAUGCAUGUGUAUUCCCAAUGGCAGCCACCUUCAAAACAGGAACUUGUUACAACAGAUUCAUACAAUGGAAGCACUCCUUCUAUACUAAGUUUAAUAAAACAGAGUAACUCAUCAAGUUCUGGGUUACAUCCUCCAAAAAAAACUCUGACUCGAUCCAUGACUAGUCUUGCACAGAAAAUCUGUGGAAAGAAAACUGCAUUUGAUCCUUUGGUGGAUAUGAAAGAUUCAGGUCUUUUUGAAGCAGCUCAUGUACUUUCCCCAACUUUACCUCAGUACCAUCCCUUGCAGCUUUUGGAACUCAUGGAUCUUGGCAAAGUUCGGAGAGCAAAGGCCAUCUUGUCACAUCUUGUCAAGUGCAUUGCUGGGGAAAUUGUGGCUUUGAACGAUGCUGAAUCCAAUCAUGAACGCCGCCUGAGGUCUCUCACCAUCAGUGCUAGUGGAAGCACUACCAGGGAUCCCCAGGCAUUCAACAAAGCUGAAAAUACAGAUUACACAGAAAUAGAUUCCGUUCCUCCACUUCCUUUAUAUGCCUUACUUGCAGCAGAUGAUGAUAGCUAUUACUCAUCUUUGGAGAAAUCCAGUAAUGACAGUUCUCUAAAUAAAUCAAACCUAUUGUCAAAAGAGAGUUAUGAUGAGCUUUUUCAGACUUCAACUCUGAUCCCUGAUGUUGAAGUAUUAGAGACAGAUGAAGAAAAUACAAAGCCUAAAGUUAUUGAUCUUUCACAGUACAGUCCAACUUACUUUGGACCUGAACAUGCUCAAGUUCUUUCUGGUCACUUACUUCAUUCUAGUUUACCAGGGCUCAGUCGGAUGGAACAGAUGUCUUUGAUGGCGUUGGCAGAUACAAUUGCAACUACGAGCACUGAUAUUGGAGAAAGCAGAGACAGAAGCCAAGGUGGGGAAACUCUUGAUGAAUGUGGGUUAAAAUUUCUUCUGGCUGUUCGACUGCAUACCUUCCUUACAACUUCCCUUCCUGGCUAUAGAGCUCAACUGCUUCACCAAGGCCUGUCUACUAGUCAUUUUGCUUGGGCAUUUCACUCAGUAGCAGAGGAAGAACUGCUGAAUAUGUUGCCAGCAAUGCAGAAAGAUGAUCCCACUUGGUCUGAACUAAAAGCUAUGGGUGUGGGGUGGUGGGUCAGGAAUAUCCGCAUCUUACGCAAAUGCAUAGAAAAGGUAGCCAAAGCAGCCUUUUAUAGAAAGAAUGAUCCAUUGGAUGCUGCCAUAUUUUACCUUGCAAUGAAAAAGAAAGCUGUGAUUUGGGGAUUAUAUAGAUCUCAAAAAGACACCAGAAUGACACAAUUUUUUGGACACAAUUUUGAGGAGGAGAGAUGGCGUAAAGCAGCUUUAAAGAAUGCUUUCUCUUUGCUAGGCAAACAAAGAUUUGAACAUUCUGCAGCAUUCUUUCUUUUAGCUGGUUGCCUCAGAGAUGCAAUUGAGGUAUGCCUUGAGAAGCUGAAUGAUAUUCAGUUGGCUCUUGUAAUAGCAAGACUCUAUGAGUCUGAAUUUGAUACAUCUGCAACAUACAAAUCUAUUUUAUGUAAAAAAGUUCUGGGAAUUGAUUCUCCUGUCAGUGAACCCAGUUCAUUGAGCAUAAAUACACAUUAUGAUCCUUUUCUUCGGAGUAUGGCGUAUUGGAUUUUGGAAGAUUAUAGUGGUGCUCUGGAAACAUUAAUAAAGCAACCUGUGAGAGAAGAUGAUGAUCAAGUCGUGGCGUCAACUUGUAAUCCUGCAGUUUUUAAUUUUUACAAUUAUCUAAGAACACAUCCUCUUUUACUGAGGCGUCAUUUUGGAUCAUCUGAUACACACGUGGGUUUAACAGGAAAAAGUGGAUUGGCAGGAACAAUUAAUUUAAGUGAAAGAAGAUUAUUUUUUACUACUGCUAGUGCUCACCUAAAAGCUGGCUGCCCCAUGUUGGCUUUGGAAGUGUUGUUGAAGUUGCCCAAAGUCAUUAAGAAAACCAAACCUCUUCGUAGAGCAUCUAGUUUUAUGGAUACAAGUAAAGAUGCUUCUCCGCUAAAAUUGGAUACAAGGGAAGAUAAGUCUUCUGCUGUUGAUUGGUCACAGUCUUUUCUGAAUGGCUUUGAGUCUUCUUCGGAGGGUUCCUCAGAGAAGCAGUCAAACUCCACUCUUUCUUUUGACUGGAGCCAACCAAGUGUAGUAUUACGAGAUGAUUCUUUAGAGUUAAAAUGGGACAGUGAUAAUGAUGAAGAAAAUGAGGAUCUUCCUAUUUCAAUGAAAGAACUAAAACCUUUACCAAAAAAAAUAGAUAAAAAGUUAGAUGAAGUAAGUAAUUACACAGACUCUUUCAGCACAUUAGAUGAAAGUGACAUUUUAAAUCCAGGUGAAGAUAUAAUUGCUGUUCAGUUAAAGUUCAGAGCAUGUUUAAAGAUUCUCACAGUAGAACUUCGUACUUUAUCUACUGGUUAUGAAAUAGAUGGUGGCAAGUUGCGUUACCAGCUAUACCACUGGCUUGAAAAAGAGGUGAUAGCUCUUCAGAGGACUUGUGACUUUUGCCCAGAUGCUGAAGAAGUACAGUCCACACUUGGAGAAAGUGGGGAUGAAUUUGGAUUAAAUCAGAAUGUUGAUGAUUUCUAUCACCACACAAAAGUGAAGCAACAGAGAGAAAUCUUUCAGGAAAAAAGACAAUGGCUCUUGAAAUAUCAGUCUCUCUUGAGAAUGUUUCUUAGUUAUUGCAUACUUCAUGGCUCCCAUGGUGGGGGUCUUGCAUCUGUACGAAUGGAAUUGAUUUUGCUUUUACAAGAAUCACAGCAGGAAACAUCAGAACUACUAUUUCCUACCCCACUGUCAGAGCAAACCUCAGUGCCUCUCCUCUUUGCUUGUACAGCCAGUACCAAAACAGUAGUUGCCAAUCCAUUAUUACAUCUCAGUAAUCUAACGCAUGAUAUUCUACAUGCCAUAAUAAACUUUGAUUCACCGCCUCAUCCUGACAGCCAAAGCAAUAAAGUAUAUGUAAUGCACACUUUAGCAGCUUCACUUUCUGCUUGUAUUUAUCAGUGCCUUUGUGGCAGUCAUAACUACAGUGCAUUUCAAACAAAUCAGUUUACUGGAAUGGUGUAUGAAACAGUACUGCUUUCCCAUCGGCAUUCUUUGAGAACAGGGAGUUUAGAUGAAGCAGUAACUCCCAAUACAUCACCAGCUCAAUGGCCAGGAAUAACUUGUCUGAUUAGACUUUUGAAUUCUUCUGGUGAGGAAGCCCAGUCAGGACUUACAGUCUUGCUUUGUGAGAUUCUCACAGCAGUGUACCUUAGUCUCUUCAUCCAUGGCCUGGCAACGCAUUCUAGUAAUGAGCUGUUUCGGAUUGUGGCCCAUCCUUUAAAUGAAAAAAUGUGGUCUGCUGUAUUUGGUGGAGGUGCACAUAUUCCCAGCAAAGAACAGACACAUUCAAAAACUUUACGUGUUUCUUCACUAGUUGAAGGAGGAGAAAAACAGAACAAACAUUUUAGGUCAUCAAAAAUAUCUGGCAAAGAAUCUGUCCCACUGACCUCUUUUUCACCACCAGUAUGCCAGGAGUCACUGGCAGUCAAAGAGAAGUUCAUCCCACCUGAGCUCAGUAUCUGGGACUAUUUCGUAGCUAAGCCUUUUUUACCCCCUUCCCAAAGUAGAGCAGAAUACGACUCAGAGGAGAGUCUGGAAAGUGGUGGUGAUGAUGAUGAUGAUGAUGAUAUUGUUUCAGCUUCAGAUUUCCAUCUCCAAGAGCAUUCUAAUUCAAAUUCAUAUAGUUGGUCAUUGAUGCGAUUGGCAAUGGUACAGUUGGUGCUCAACAAUUUGAAAACCUUCUAUCCCUUUGCAGGUCAUGAUCUUGCAGAGCUUCCAGUUAGUUCACCUCUUUGUCACGCGGUUCUAAAAACUCUUCAGUGUUGGGAACAAGUUCUUCUUCGACGACUUGAAAUCCAUGGUGGACCACCUCAGAACUAUAUCGCAGGUCAUACCUCUGAAGAAAGUUUGUCUGCAGGUCCUGCAAUUCUCCGCCACAAAGCUUUGCUGGAGCCUACAAACACGCCUUUCAAAUCCAAGCAUCAUCUGGCAUUGUCUGUAAAGAGGCUUUGGCAAUACUUGGUGAAGCAGGAAGAAAUUCAAGAAACCUUCAUCAGAAAUAUAUUCACAAAGAAACGAUGUCUAAAUGAGUCAUUAGGGGACAACAGUGAAGCCAUCAAAAAUUCUAUGAUGGAGGAGCCAAACAUCAAUAAGAUAGAAGCAGAUUUGGGCUACCCUGGAGGUAAAGCAAGAAUUAUUCAUAAGGAAUCUGAUAUUAUCACUGCCUUUGCUGUUAAUAAAGCAAAUAGAAAUUGCAUAGCAGUUGCUUCCAGCCAUGAUGUUCAAGAACUGGAUGUUUCCGGAAUUCUGGCUACACAGAUUUAUACUUGGGUAGAUGAUGAUAUAGAAUUGGAAACCAAAGGAUCAGAAGAUUUCUUAGUUAUACAUGCUCGUGAUGACUUAACAGCUGUUCAAGGCACGACCCCAUAUACACACAGCAAUCCUGGCACUCCAAUCAACAUGCCAUGGCUUGGUAGUACACAGACUGGCAGAGGAGCAUCUGUGAUGAUUAAGAAAGCCAUUAAUAAUGUCAGAAGAAUGACUUCUCAUCCAACUCUUCCUUACUAUCUGACUGGAGCUCAAGAUGGGAGUGUCAGAAUGUUUGAAUGGGGCCAUUCUCAACAAAUAGCCUGUUUUCGAUCUGGUGGUAAUUCAAGAGUUACAAGAAUGAGAUUUAACUAUCAGGGAAAUAAGUUUGGUAUAGUUGAUGCUGAUGGAUAUUUAAGUUUGUAUCAAACAAACUGGAAAUGCUGUCCUGUUACUGGGAGCAUGCCUAAGCCAUACCUGACUUGGCAGUGUCACAACAAGACAGCCAAUGAUUUUGUCUUCGUUAGUUCCUCCUCUCUGAUAGUGACAGCUGGUCUUUCAACUGACAAUAGAAACAUAUGUUUGUGGGAUACACUUGUAGCACCCUCAAAUAGUUUAGUCCAUGCUUUUACCUGCCAUGAUAGUGGAGCUACAGUUUUAGCAUAUGCUCCCAAACAUCAAUUGCUAAUAUCAGGUGGCAGAAAAGGAUUCACAUGUGUAUUUGAUCUUCUCCAAAGACAACAGAGGCAACUUUUUCAGAGCCAUGAUUCCCCUGUUAAAGCCAUUGCUAUUGAUCCAACUGAAGAGUACUUUGUCACAGGAUCUGCAGAAGGCAAUAUAAAGAUUUGGAGUCUUGCUACCUUUAGUCUUCUCCACACUUUUAUCAAUGAGCACGCUCGGCAGUCCAUUUUUAGGAAUAUUGGAACUGGAGUGAUGCAAAUUGAGACAGGACCAACAAAUCAUAUUUUCUCUUGUGGAGCUGAUGGAACAAUGAAGAUGAGAAUACUGCCAGAUCAGUUCAGCCCCUUACAUGAAGUGUUAAAAAAUGAUGUGAAAUUUAUGCUAUAGCAUUUUUACAAGAAGACGUAUAAUUUAUUACCCUUUUGGUAGAAGUGGCCAACAGAUAUAAUAUAUAGUAAUCACUCUAUACCACAAAUAAGCUGAUGCUUUGUUUUCGCAUUUACUUAAGGAGCUUUACCCUCAUUGAUGCACUGAUGCCUUAAAAAUUAACAAAAUCAUUCAUAAUUUUAUUAGAGCAUCUAAAGUAGAAUUUGUAAGUAAUGCUGUAAAGCACAUAUGUAUAGUAUGUUAUGAGUAUGUCAUAGUGUUAAAAGAAUUUUGUUUUCUUAUUGUUGGUCAACUUUUCUGCAGAUACCUCUGCAUGAAUUUCUUUAACAGUAAAAAUACCUUUUAAGUAAAGACUCACAUACUCAUCGCUUAAUUCACCACUCUGACUUCCUUUAUCAGACUUCACACAUCUGAAAAUAUUUUCCUCUUAAUGACAGAAUGAUAUUUGAGUAAGAAUAAAACAGAUAAUGAACCUCUCAUUAAAACUCAUUGAGACUUCAGUGAUAAAUGAGAGAAAUGGUUCAUUAUGUAAAGUUUUCAUCAAUUUCCCUUCCACAGCCUAAACUGUGUGUGUGUAAAAUGUAUUUGUGUGUAUGUAUAUAUAUGUGUGUGUGUGUAUGUGUGUAUAUAUAUAGCCUACACUUUUGAAUUUAGUUUGUAUAUAUAUAUAUUCAGAACCCCCAAGUUUUUCAUGUGUUUUUGUGCCAUAACAACUACUGCCACCAGAAUAACAACUUUUUUUGCAAAUGUUUAUUUUGAAAUGUUUGAAUUCUCAUCCUAAUUUGCAAAUAAAUCUCAAUAAGGCUUCCAUGAUUGUUAUUUUCAGAUUACAUUAAGUCUAAAUAGGCAAUAAAGAUUCUGUGUUGGCAUAUAUAAGAUGCUUAAAAGUAAGUUAUGAAUUUGACAGAGUUCUUGACUAUCAUACAUUUUCCUCAGUUUUUUUUUAUUUCUUAUUUUUAAGGUGCUUUUUGUCUCAAAAUUCUAAAAACCUUAUAGCAGUGUUUUUAGUAACAAAUGUGAAAACAGUCAAAUUAAAUAUUUACAAAUGUAAAAUACCCUUCAUAUCUAUUAAUAGAAAAUAAAUUAAACCUUAUAUUUAUUGUUUUUGCCAAAAUAUUUUAUUAUAAAAUAUGACCAAAAUAUUUAAAAUUCACAGUGCUUUUAACUUAAAUAUGCUAUUUCUGUCUGUUCUGUGCUGUACAUUUUCUGAUCCAGAAGUAUAGAAAACGUGAUAAAUACUUGAUUUUAACAAAUGAGACCGGAAGAAGGGGGACAAGUGUUUAAGGGACAGUUAUCUACUAUUUAGCUUAAAUUUAUUUUGUUAGUAGGAACUACAAAUUAAAGGAAUUUUUAUGUGGGAUAUAGACAACUAUUAUCUUAGAAAUUAAAGCAUCAAAGCAAAGAAAUGAAGGGCUAGAAAUGAAUUUUGUAAAUAUCCUCAGGAUACUUUUGUCAAAAAAGUACAUUGUUAAAAGAUUUUGUAAGUUGUAUUUCAUGAUUUUACAUGUAUUGAGCAAGUUGCAGUGGAAACACUGUCAUUAUGUAGAGAGAGUUUAUAUAUACAGAGUAACUUGUACCUACAAGUUGUGCAAUAGCAAUAUAUACCUAUUUUGCCAUGGAGAAGUCUGUGACAGCAUUGGAAUAAUAUUACUGUUUGAUGUAGUUAAGCUUAGAUUAUUUUUCAGUAAUUUCUUCAUGAAUCAAAAUUGAAAAGGCAUAAAUAGUUGAUAAACAAGAUAGAAAAUAUACUAGUGUGCUUAUUAAAACAAGUCAUUGGGGAUGAACAAUUAACCAUUUUAAUUGAGGGUUUAUAUGAAUAGCUGCAAAUUAUGUAAGCCCAUAUGUAUUUACAGCCAGAGUCAUAAUAUUUUAAAUAAACAAUCAUGCAGAGACUUU